AUGGUGCAACCGACCAAUUCAGUUCGAAAGCCAGCUUUCAGCAGCCCGGAGGUCCACGGCCAGGAUGCAUCGCCACUGUUCGGUCUUCCAUGCGAGCUAAGAAACAGAAUCUACAGACUGGUCCUCCUCGAGCAGGAUGCUAUACAAGUCGUCGACACCGGUUAUGCUCGGCCAGGCCUUCUAACUACCUGUCAGCAAAUUGCCAACGAAUCCACGGCUAUUUACUAUGAGGAGAACAAGUUCGAUGUCAGAGCAUGGGACUACAACCCCCACUCACUGUACAACUUCGUUCGCGGAAUCAACGCCUUGGCCGAGCGUGGCCAUUCAAUGAAACCCAAGAUGCGCCUCGCUAUCAAGCCCUCUUCAACAAAUUGGAAGAAUGUUAUGAAGUGGAUGAAGCACGUCUUCGAUGGAAACAUCCGUGGUGGCAUAUUUCCAGGAGGAGACCUUGACAGGGUCAUUCCACAAAUGCCAGGCAUCACCGAACUCAUUACAGUUCGCGCCAUGUUGUCUACUGUGAAGGCUUUCAAGGGUAGAGCGUCUUGGAGCACCGUCGAGGAGGUGCUGAAAGCCCAUCGCAAGAUUCUGAUCUCUCUCAAACCAGCCUGGGCAGACGACUAA